UGUUGACCAUUUUCUUACUAGUUCAUGUGCCGCGUGUGCACGUGUUUAACUUUAUUGCAUUCAUUAAUUGCUCGGCGUAAAUUACUUAUUUCUGUCUAAUGUGAAUCAAAUAUACAAAGUAUUGAAACAUGACACAAGUUUACGUUUUAUACGAGCACGCAGCAGGUUAUGCUGUGUUCAGCAUUAAUGAAUUUGAAGAAGUAGGAAUGUUAUUACCUCAAGUUGAAGCAUCAGUAACAGAUUUAUCACGAUUUAGAUCUGUCGUAAAACUUGCUGGAUUUUCACCAUUUAAAACUGCUGUAGCAGCAUUAGAGAAUGUAAAUAGUAUUUCGGAAGGCAUCGUACCUGAAGACUUACAAUUGUUUUUGGAUUCUAUUCUGCCCAAAUCUGAUAAGCAAAACAAAAUUAUUCUUGGUGUAUCGGAUCCAAAACUAGGUGCCAGUAUAACAGAAGCAUUAGGCUUAAAAUGUGAUCACACGGGUGCAAUACCAGAAAUCAUUCGAGGAAUCCGCUUCCAUUUUCAUAAUCUAAUUAAAGGUUUUACUUCCAAAAGCUCGGGAGUAGCUCAACUCGGACUUGGUCAUAGUUAUUCAAGAGCGAAAGUAAAGUUUAAUGUCAAUCGUGUAGAUAAUAUGAUCAUACAAAGUAUAGCUUUAAUGGAUCAACUGGACAAAGACAUUAAUACAUUUAGUAUGCGUAUACGUGAAUGGUAUAGUUACCAUUUCCCAGAAUUGGAAAAAAUAGUUCCUGAAAAUUAUAUGUUUGCUAAAGUAACACAACUAAUUAAAAAUAGAAAGGAAUUAACGGAAGAAAAAUUAGAAGCGUUGGAACAAAUUGUUAUGGAUAGUGCAAAGGCUCAAGCAAUUAUAGAUGCCUCUAAGUCUAGUAUGGGUAUGGAUAUCAAUCCUGUGGACCUUCUUAAUAUUGAGUUGUUUGCUAAACGUGUAAUAGGAUUGGCGGAUUAUAGAAAAGAAUUGUCUGAAUAUUUAAAAUCCAAAAUGAAUGGUAUAGCACCGAAUCUGGCUACCCUUAUAGGGAAUCAAGUAGGAGCUAGAUUAAUAGCUCAUGCUGGAUCGUUAACUAAUUUGGCAAAAUAUCCUGCAUCUACGGUUCAGAUAUUAGGUGCAGAAAAAGCAUUAUUUAGAGCAUUAAAAACAAAGGGAAAUACACCUAAAUAUGGCUUACUAUUCCAUUCUACAUUUAUUGGUCGUGCUGGUACUAAAAACAAGGGAAGGAUUUCGAGAUAUCUGGCCAAUAAAUGCUCUAUUGCAUCAAGAAUAGAUUGUUUCACUGAAACACCAACAAAUAUCUUUGGGGAAAAAUUACGGCAGCAAGUAGAAGAUCGCUUGAAAUUUUACGAAACAGGUGAAAUACCUAAAAAGAAUAUAGACGUGAUGCAGGAGGCAUUAGAAGAAGUUCAACAUGUAGAAACUGAAACAGAAAUAAAAUCAUCUAAGAAGAAGACAAAAAAUCAAAAAAGGAAGGUGGAAGAAUUAGAAAAUGGUGAUACUGCUACUACUAAUGGUAUUCAUGAAAAUGGAGAGAAAAAAGAACUUGUUGAAGAAAGUGUGGAACCUGUAAAAAAGAAGAAGAAGAAAAAUAAAAGAUCCAAAAGUAUAGGUGAUGCUUAAAGCAUAAAUAAUAUUAAAUUGUAAUAUGUGUCUUAUUGCUAUACUUGAUAUCUUAUGCAUACAAAUUCAAACAAGUUGCAUACUAAUUUUACAUAAUUUUGUAAAAUUUCCAUAGUAUUUUAUACAAUUUUUCCUGACAAUUAGAAAUAUACUUUAUUCAAUUAUCUUCUCUUAAAUUAAUAUUAAACCACUUAUAAAUUUUCUUUUUAGGUAUCUUUUGUUUCUUUUAUAUUUUCUAUUUUGUUUCAUUGAAAAAUGAUAUUCUAUUAGUAUUACUUAUGUAUUCUAGCCGAACUUCUUUUAUUCUUAGCAAUAUGCAUUGUAAAUAAUUGUAUGAAUAUUAUUAUAUUUGUUUAGCCAUGAUUUAAAUGGUUUUCAUACUAUUUUUUAUAACUAAUGACAUAAUAUAACAUUACUAUACGGUUUCCUACAAAUUUAGUUGUGACAAUAAAUUGUAAAAUAUACAUUUUUUUAAUCAAA